CCGGACCUAGAUUCGCUGCCGGCGCUCGGCCGCACCCGCGCUACAGGCUUUGUUGCGGGCGGGAAAGAGACCGCGCCGGCCGGCAAGCCCGGCACCUUCCCUGAGUCCGUGGGCCGCGGCCCGACCGUGCCGAUAGGUUUUGCCUGUCGGGGCCGCUACUGCCCGGGACGCCGCCAGCAGGGCUGGUCCCGUCCACGAGCGCGGAACCGCGGUGCCGAGGGCCCGAAGCUAGCUAGCAUCUCGGAGGGGAGCCGCGGGGCGAAACUGCAAAGAUGUAAAGAAAAGACUUAAAAAAUAACAAAGAUGCAUCUGAGCCAGAAUGCCUUAGACAUCAAAUCACUUAAUUUGAUUCUCAUGGUGGUCAUCAGCCUAGUGUUUGGUGUUUCACCGCAUUGGACUGAGUCUUCAAAUGAACCGUGCAUUUUAAAGAUGACAUUACGAAAUUUCCGGUCAAUCUUAUCGUGGGAAUUAAAAAAUCAUUCCAUUGUCCCAACUCACUAUACAUUAUUGUACACAGUCAUGAGUAAAAAAGAAGAUAUGAAGACUGUUGAGGAUUGUACAAAUACCAAAAGAUCAUUUUGUGACCUAACAGGUGUGUGGAAAAACAUACACGAGAUCUACCUCACGGUAGUAGAAGGAUUCAGAGGGAACACAUUGCUGGUCAAGUGUACGAAGUCUUUCCUGCUGGCCUUGGACAUGUCUUUUGAACCACCGGAAUUUGAGAUUGUUGGUUUUACAGACAACAUUAAUGUGCUGGUGAAAUUUCCUCCCAUCACUGAGGAAGGAAGGCAGUUUGGUUUAUCACUCAUCAUCGAAGAAGAGUCGGAGGGGGUUGUUAAGAAGCAUAAACCCAAAAUAAAAGAAAACAUCAGUGGAAAUAUCACCUAUGUCAUCGACAAGUUAAUUCCAAACACAAACUACUGUGUAUCUGUGUAUUUAGAAUCUGAAGACCAAGACACAGUAAUAAAAUCUCCUGUAAAAUGCACCUUCCUUCAUCUAGGCCAAGCAUCAGAACCAUCAGAAUUUGCCAAAAUAGGAGGAAUAAUUAUCUUGUUUUCGAUGGGCGCGUUCUUGACCUGCACCAUGAUAAUACUGAAACGGAUUGGCUAUAUAUGCUUACGAAGCAAUUUCCCCAAAGCCUUGAAUUUUCAUAACUUUUCAGCCUGGAUUCCCAAGCAGCCACCAUGGGAAGCCAUGGACUUGGUAGAGGUCAUUUCCAUCCACAGAAAGAAGAAAGUGUGGGAUUACAAUUAUGAUGAUGAGAGUGACAGUGAUAAUGAAGCCAGCCACCGAACAAAUGGCGGUGGUUACACCAUGCAUGGGCUAACAGGCAGACUUCUGAGCCAGGCCUCUGCUUCCUCAGCCGCCUCUGUGGAGUCCCAGUCGACAGACCAAGACUCCUCUGACCAGCCUGACCUGCCUGAGGCUGAUGCGGAGCCCUCCCUGAUCACAGCGCACAGCCCCUGGCAGUUGGAACAUAGAAGUGAGCCCUGUGAGAAGAGAGAGAGUCCCCUUCCUUUCUCUGAAGACAGCAGCUCCACUGAGCAGUCUGGGGACAGAAUUAUCUUCAAUGUAGAUUUAAACUCUGUGCUUAUGAGAGUCCUCGAUGAUGAUGACAACAAUGACAGUGACAACUCAGAAGAAGACCCUCUGAUGUUGUCUAUUCCAGAAGAGACAGUUGACCCAGAGGAUCCACACAGAAGGGAAUCAAGCCGUCUGCUGGCCAGUGGAGAGGAGACACAGCCAACCUGCCCCAGCCCCUGUUCAGAGUGCCUGUGGCCCGAAGAUGCUGCAUCUGAUAAAAGUGAUGCUGUGGAGUCUGAUGUUGACUUUGGGGAUGGCUAUGUAAUGAGAUGACUUCACAACUAACUAUUCGAAGAACUUGGACAGAAAAGUGCUUAGCGUUCUCCCUCCUUGCACCCUAAUUUGCUGCCUUGUGGUCUGCAAGUGUGCUCUGGGGGAAGGGAUGAGAAACCGUGGAGUGAGUCUUGGUCUUCACGGUGACAUCAUCCGUGCAGUUCCCAGUAAGGGGAGCAUGUACUAUCCUUUGGUGCACUGUUUACAUGUUCAAAGAGAUGCACUUUGAAGGGAGUGCACUCUGCAUUCCCUUUAGGCUAUUGCACUUAGGAUGCAUUUCAGGAUGUAUCUGCAUAGUGUUUCCCAGGAAGCAGGGUUUCCCAGGAAGCACCCCUGUGGUUUUCAGGGGUGGUUCAGGGCCCUGUGAUAUUUCUGGGAAGUAAAUUGGGCCUGGGUGGGAGUGAGGAGAGAAAAGGAAAACACUCAGCAGGGUUCCUGACAGCUAGCAGUCAGCUAGCAGAGCCCCUGAGCCCAGCUAGCUCAAGAGCUGCAGAGUGGGCAGGAAAAGAAGGCGGAGGUAAGGAAGGCGGAGGUGAGGAGAGAAUGACAGGAAAGGGCCAGCGAGGUUGCGAGGUUGCAGUGCACCUCUCCCAUGUCAGAUUCUGUCUCCCCCACCCUGAGAAUUCCACCUUGUCCAGCCCUCCCCAAAGUGUGCUGGAGCCCUCCCCAACAGAUGCCAGGCAGCUAACUACCAGAGAGAGGAAACAUUGAAUGGGGAAGAGAGAUAAAAUCUCAGUGCCAUAUUUUAAGAUAAAAGGAAAAAAAAAAAAGCCCAAAGCUGAAGUGCUUCAAGGUCUUCAGAAGAAAUAUGGCAUAUAAGUUCCUGACAUCCUAUGGACAUUUUGAAAAGUGCUUCAUGUGCUGAUUCCAAAUGUCCUUCAUGUGAUUACAGUUCCUCUGAAUCUGGCGGGGGGGAAGUGAGGUUCUAGAAAGUCACAUAGCAAAUAGUACCAGGGCUGGGACUCUGAGAUUUGACUGCCACGGUUUCACUGUGCGACCCUGGGCAUUUGCUUAGCCUCUCUAAGCCUCAUUUUUUUACUGUGUGGAGUAAGAGGACUAGACUAGGUAAUCUCUAAGAUCCUAAGACUCUAGAAGCAAGAUUAAAAAAUGCACAGGAGGUGGUGCCUGUGGCUCAAAGGAGUAGGGCGCUGGCCCCAAACGGAGGUGGCAGGUUCAAACCCACCCCGGCCAAAAACUGCAAAAAAAAGAAAAAAAUGCACAGGAAUGAAGACUCAGGUGUCAGUGCUGUGACCCUGGGAGGCUCCUAGGGUGAGCCUUACUCCCCUCUCCCUCUCAGGUCUUUCUCCUAGGCCCAUUCAGGAGAAAUUACAAACCUAAUUGUUUGUAUCCUCUGUUAAUCUAAAAUUAAAAGGGGGGGAACAAAAUUUUUACAAAUCCUAGUUCAAGGACCUAAAAUAGAUAAUCUGUGUAACUGGAGACCUGUGAGGAGGGAAGCACUUAUUUCAUGACCUGGAAUACUACGGGAAAGAGACCUCGCCAUAUUUGCAAUCCAUUUCUCUGCCCUCUGAAUGCAUCUGUUUUAUUCUGAAAGAUUCCUAGAUUGAUCUUUUGGUAUAGUGUUUUUAUGGCUAUGUGUCUGUGUGCAUAUUUUUUUAAAUUUUGUAUAAUGGCUGGAAGUUAUUAAACAGUAAUAUAACAGUACUUUUUAAUACAAACUUGGC